AUGGCACUGUGGAAUGACCAGCUGAUGACAGAAACGCAAGUUAAAGCCAGAAAAGAACUGAAUGAAAAUCCUCGUACAUUGCUCAGCAAUAUUCAGGAAGUUCGUGAUUUGAUUGUCACUAGACCUGAUAUUAACUUUACACGCACUGAUGAUGACUUUAUUCGACGAUUUCUCCGUGCUCGUAAAUAUGAUAUUGUGGAAGCUUUUAAGGUCUAUGCUCGAUAUUUUGAAUAUCGUCAACAUAACAAACUAAUGUUUACUAACUUCAGUACAUCUGAUCCAGAAAUUCGUCAAGCUCUCAUAGAUGGUUUUCCAUCAGUUCUGGAAAAUCAUGAUCAUUUUGGCAGAAAAAUUCUAAUCUUAAAUGCAGCAAACUGGGAAACCUGGAGAUAUCCCUAUGUUCACAUAUUGAGGGCGCUGUUGCUGAGUUUGGAGUACCUGAUACAAGAUCAAGAGAUUCAAGUUCAUGGCUUUGUUAUUAUCAUUGAUUGGACAGCCUUUACUUUUAAACAAGCAGCUAGACUCAGCCCAGCAUUGAUGAAAUUAACCAUUGAAGGUCUUCAGGACUGCUUUCCUGCACGUUAUGCAGGAAUACAUUUUGUGAAUCAGCCAUGGUAUGUGGAGGCAGCAUUCACUAUAUGCAGACCAUUUCUGAAGCAAACCACCAAAGAAAAGAUUUUUCUCCAUGGCAACAACCUCACCACACUACAUCAUCAUAUCCAUAAAGAGAUUCUGCCAACAGAGUUGGCUGGUCUGAUGCCUGCAUACAAUAUUGAGCGAUUUGCCAGAGAGAUAAUUGAAAGUGGUUUUGAAUUGACUUUUGGUGGUGGAACUGUACCUUAUGAUAGAACAGCACAGACAGGUGCCAUGAACAGAUCACUGUCUGUCCCUUUACCAAAUGAAAACUAUGAUGACACAAACAACCAGGACAAAGAAGGAUGUAACAUGGAUUUUCUGUUGAAAUUUGAUUAAUCUUCAUGUGACUAUAUCUAUACAACUAACCCAGUACUAUAUAUCCCAGAAACCUUUGCAGUACUAUCAAUGCAUUUGAGAUUAUAUUGUUCAAUCUCUUUUCCACAUCAUUAUGUACUUCCUGAUAUCACAUUUGUUUAUCACUGUUCCUUGCUUUUAUUUUUUGCAAAGAUUUUGAAAAAAAUUGACAGCC